AUGAAAUUUUCUCUUUCAGGUGGAAAUAAGGAUAACAUCAGAGCAGGAUGCAAGAAGUGUGGCUACCCUGGUCAUCUGACAUUUGAAUGUCGAAACUUCCUCCGAGUAGAUCCUCAAAGAGACAUUGUUUUAGAUGUUAGCAGCACUAGCAGUGAAGACAGUGAGGAAGAAGAACUACAGAGAUUGCAAGCCAUGCGUGAAAAAAAGAAUUUAAAUGAGGAGGAAGAAAAAAAGAAACAAAAAAGAAAAAGCAAAGAAAAAACAAAAGUAAAGAGACCAAGAAAAAGAUCUUCCUCAUCAAGCGCAGCUGAAGAGGAUGGGCCAAAGUCAAAAAAACAAAAAUCACACAAAAAAGAAAGAGGAAAGGAAAAAAAGAAUAAAUCUAAGAAAGGAAAACAUCAUAAAAAGGAGAAAAAGAAGAGACGAAAGGAAAAAAGUUCAUCUUCUGAUAGUUCAGACACUUCUAGUAGUGACUGA